AUGCUGCGCGGAGAGGGGCUCGGUUUUGUGGCGCUAAUGCUAACGCUAACGCUGGGGGCCGCCCGGCUGGAGAGGGUGGAGUACGACUACGACAGAUACCAUCCCAUGGAGGAGAUCAGCGCCUGGAUGGUCCAGAUGGAGAAAGACCACCCGGACCUGAGGGAAGGAGACAAGCCACAGGAAGGAGAGGAAGGAGUAGGAGCUAAUGCUAACGCGUUAGCAAAGAGCACCUUAGGGAGGCAGAGCCCCUCAGAAGGGAAGGACGACACUAACUGGGGCACUGAGUGCUUCUCCGUGGGGGUUUCGUCUAACUGCAGCUCCAACACCUACUGCGGCAGUGGGGCGAUCUCGGAGCCCGAGGCCCAGGCCCUCACCUACUUCCUGGGCAGCCGGAAGGAGGACUUCCUGUGUUUCCUCACCAUCCACUCCUACGGCCAGCUGCUCCUGGUGCCCUACGGACACCCAAACUUCACCGCCCCCAACUAUAACGAGCUGAUGGAGGUGGGGCUGCAGGCGGCCGAGGCCAUCUACCGGGUCCACGGCCGGCGCUACACCGUGGGCUCCUCCCCCGACGUGCUCUACCCUAACUCUGGCUCGUCCCGGGACUGGGCUCGGCUCCAGGGCGUGCCGCUGAGCUUCACCUUUGAGCUGCGGGACAACGGGACGUUUGGCUUCCUGCUGCCGGAGGGGCAGAUCCGGCCGGCCUGUGAGGAGGCCUUCAGCGGGGCGCUGCACAUCCUCCAGUACGCGCACGCCCAGGCCUUCAGCCGCGCCGUGUGA